ACGGUUUACCAGCUCUGACUUUUGGAGGCUGUGAAACUGGACAACCAACAUAACGAUUCCUUGCUUUUAUUCAAUUUAUAUAAAUUUCUGCAAGGGCUGCCGGAGGGUCACGGCAGAGCACCGAGAACACACCAUGGCUUCAUAUACCAGCGAUACCGAAGAACAAGCUCGAUUAAUUGUCUCUCCAGAGGGCGAGGCGGUAGACAGUCUAGAUGCAUACACAUACCCAAUCCUCGACGACGAACUAUACAACAUAAUCCACGACAUAGUCCUCAAAGUGCACCGCGACGAACGAAUAGCCAAAGCAAACACAGCCGCUAUACUAAUAGAGCAAGAAGCCGCCCAAGCCUUUCCCGAUCAGCCAACCACGCCCUCGAAAUCCUCAAAACAAAAGCACUCCCCCCCCAAACGACUUGAGAACGAUGCUGCUAUAUACGAAGACGGGUUGGUCACAAUCAAGGGCAAUCCGCUAGCCACCGUCCACGAGAUCCGCUGCCCCAAAUGCGGACUUCCUAAACUACUACACCCGACUGAUGGGAAUGGUGGCCGCAAGCCGGAGCCGGGCGUGGAAUACUGUAAGAGGCAUCCGUAUAUUGAUAAGCAGGGCCAUGAUAUCUAUGGGCUCCCAUUUCCCAAGGACGACAGUACGGCGAAUCGCAAGUCGAAGUCGAAGAAUCUCUUGGCUAGUAGCGGGAGUCAGCUUGACGGACCGGACUCGUCAUUCGACUCCGCGGACCCGUCGCCACCCCCGGCGGUGGCCGAACCUGUUACGUUCCCUACUACGCUGUGUCCGAGGUGUCCGAGGUAUAUUAAUAUCAAGGUGUUUGCGAGACAUCUGAACCUACAUAACAAAGGUGGCGGGCGAGCAAGCGGGCGCGCAGCAAUCAUGAAGAUCAAUGGCCAAUCCGGUGUGACGCCUCCCACGAGCAGGAGGUCGACUCCAAACAUCAAACUGAGUCCGCAGAAGCGCUCACUCGAGGACCUGGAGGGUGUGAACUACAACGACGACGGCGAUGAGGAUGAAGGCGAGAGUCCGAGGAAGAAGGCGAGGAUACCGACGCUGAAGGUUAAUCCGAAGAAGAAAUUGGGGAUUGGGGGGGGGUGGUGAAGAAGUGGAAGUCGGGGAAGAUUACGGUGGAUGGGAAGACGGUGGA